UCGGGAGGAGAGCGCCUAUCUCGGGGACUCGAUAGGUCUGCCUUCCCCAUGCCCGAGAGCCAGGGGAGCGGCCCGUGGGGGGCCAGAAGAAAAAGGGGCGCAACUCCCCCCGUCCCCACUCCUCCACUCAUUCUCUCCCCUGGGCUGAGGCAUCGGGGUCUGGAUGGGGAUGGGGACCUCCGAAAAGCCCGGCAGACACGCAGACGCACUCAGAAAAUAUGCCCAGAAUUCCCCCCCAGAAGCGCGGAAGUUACCGACGUCACGCACCCCUGGCUGUCUUCCUGCGCCGUGACUUUGCUGGGCCGCUUCCCCAAGUUUGGAAUGGGCUCCCUGCUCAUCUCAGCCUCAUGGAAUCUGUUUUCAUUCAAGGGGCCACUCCAGUAGCACCUCCUCCAGGAAGCCUUUCUUGAUCUCCCCCACCCGCCCCAUUCGUGGGUGCCCUCUCCUUCCCUGUCCCUCUUCCCCUCCAGAUUCUUCCCCCUUCCCAUGGCAAAGGCAGAAAGCAGACACUCCAUAGUAAGGAUUCCACCGACAUUCGAGAUGGAGCCCGCACACUCGCUCACACACUGACCUGCACGGCCAGCAUGAGCAUGCACAGUAACGGGCAUGGACACCCUGAGAGCCUUAAACGCCGGGCCUCCGCUGGAGCCUCAGGACAUGGUCGGAUCAACACGUGUGACCCAGCAGGGAGGAUGGAGGGACACCCUCAGGGGCAGCGAGGGGGCUCAGGCCUGGAGACCAGAGGUCCUGAGUUCAAAUUUGACCUCGGACACUUCCCAGCUGUGUGACCCUGGGCAGGUCCCUUCACCCCCAUCGCCCAGCCCUUAGCACUCUUCUGCCACGGGAUGGAUUCUAAGACAGAAGGUGAGGGCUGAAAAGAGAAGAAAUAGACACACUUGGAGGGACAGAGACCGAAGGAUCGGAGAUACAAGGAGAGAGAGACGCAGAGACCUAGCAGGCGCUCGGGACCACACCUACAGCCAGCCACAAUGUUGUUCCCCUCCGACACUGUAUCACUAUACCAAGCGCACACCUUCAUGCGCAGGAUCCCCAGACGUCCUCUGGCACUGUCGGGACGCACCCUCUUUCAUGCACACACACGCACACACACACACACACACACACACUCAGAUACACACUCACCUUGAUGCACAGAAACACACGCCCUGAUACACACUCACACACAUCGAGACACAAACACACGCUCUGAUAGACACUAGUACACACCCUAACACACACACACACACACACACACACACACACACACACACAGAGGCCCAUCCCAGAACCCCCGGGCAAACACUCCGUUCCAAUCUCACACACUCACCCUCCCCCUGGCCCGGGCUCAGGCCCCGCCCACCCCUUACUCCUCCGCUGGAGCAGGAGGGAAAAGUCUUUAUAUAGAGAAAGGCAGAAACUGGGACUUUAACUCAGCUCCACGGUCCUGGGGAGGCGGCUGCACCCGGAGCCCCCCAAAAGGCCCCGCUCUUUGCGGGUGCCACCCCGCCCUCCACCUGCUUCCCUGCCCCUCAGGGUCCCGCUGUCUCUCCUCCUUCAGCCAUGCCGCUGUGGUUCCUGCUUUUGGGGGUGUUCUCCUGGCCCACAGCCCAAGCCGAAUCUGGCCGGGGCGGCAUCUGCUGGCUUCGCCAGGGCAGAGAUGCUCAGUGCAGCCUGAUCCUGAGGACCGGCGUGAGCUGGGAGGAGUGCUGCUCUGCGGGCCGGGUAGAUACCGCCUGGUCCAAUUACACGCAUCAGGGCAACAAGAUCAGCCUGCUGGGCUUCCUGGGCUUGGUGCCCUGCCACCCCUGCAAAGAGACCUGUGAAGGAGUAGACUGUGGUCCGGGCAAGGUGUGUAAGAUGCAUGGCGGACGGCCCCACUGUGCCUGCGCCCCUGACUGCUCUGGACUUUCCAUGCAGCUGCAAGUCUGUGGCUCCGAUGGCGUUACCUACAGGGAUGAGUGUGAGCUGCGGACGAUCAAGUGUCAGGGCCACCCAGACCUGGGCGUCAUGUACCAAGGGCACUGUAAAAAGAGCUGCUCCCUUGUGGUGUGUCCAGGGACUCACACAUGUGUGGUAGACCAGACUGGCAGUGCCCACUGUGUCAUCUGCCGCUCUGCCCCCUGCCCUGUGCCCUCCAGCCCUAACCAGCAGCUGUGCGGCAACAACAACAUCACCUACGCCUCUUCCUGCCACCUUCGGCAGGCCACUUGCUUCCUGGGCAGAUCCAUUGGUGUGCGGCACUCUGGGAGCUGCACAGUCAGCACUACAUUUCCUGGGCUUUUGGCAGAGGUGGAAGAUAAUUCCGUGUGAAGCAUGCCGCGGGUCCUACCCAGAGCCAAGGCAACCCUAUUUAUUAUGAAGAGGGAGGCAUAUUUAUGGCCCCCCAGACUCCAGCUGUGUUCUCUCUUCUAGACAACUCCCAGAGACCCUUGCUGAGGAGGGGAGAGAUUGGGAGGAUUAUUAUGGCCUGAUCAGGGCUGCCACGCGCAGAUGGUGGUUGGUGGGAGAAGGAUGCAAAUGGUGGCUCCCUUGGAGGGUCCCAGAGAAGGAGGGCUACUCUCAGGGAGGGGCGGGGGCGGUCUGUGGCUCUUGGAGGAGCGGGGUGGGGCAGAUAUUUCAACAUACCAUGGGGCCAUCAAGGGAGCCUGGCAGAGAGGGACAGCCGCAGAUCUCCCAGCUGGGGUUUCACAAUCCCUUCUGUUUAAUGACCUUCCUGAUGCAAUUCUGGGCCCUAAGGGCUCUGCAGAGGGUGGAAUUCCUGGGUAGAUGUUCCCCUUCUCCUCUACCUCCUGGAUAAGGGGCAGAGAGCUUGAAUGAUUUGGGGGAUCCCCAUCCCCAAAGGGGGAAGGAUGAUGCUCUCCACUUCGGAGAUAAAGAAGAAUGUGUGUGGGAGUCGGGGAUGGGAGAGGACUGGUCUAAUAGCGUGCCCUCCUUGCCACUGGCCUUCCAUGACUUUUCUUGGGGGAGGGAUCCCCCACUUCAGCCUUGGACCCAUUCUAGCCUGAGACUGAAUGUUCUCCAGCCAAGUCCUUUCACUGCAGUCAGCCUCUGUCGGAGGGAACUAUAGUAAAGUACCAUCCCUAUUCCCCACCCAAGUGCCAAGUAUCUGUUCCCCUUUUUCCUUCUUAUGGGCGGGGGAUUGGGGAGUGACUUGGCAAUCCCUUCUCUUCUCGGAUCCCAUUUCUCCCUCUUUCCAAUGGGGACAAGAACACCUCUCUGCCUGAGGAUCAUGGGAAUGAAUGUUGGUGAUUUCCUUUGGAAAGUGAAAAGACCUGCAUACAAGCCCUUCUCUGAUUCUCGUUCUGAGCGUGGGGUGAUGGCUGGAGUCCUGGCCUGGGGGUUCAAGGACUUCCCCUGGCUCUGCCUGGCAGCGUCCCCUUGGACCAAUCAGGUCCCGCCUGGUUCAGGUGCCCUGUGUGGAAAGCGCUGGGGUUUGAGUUGACGGUCUCCAAGGCGUCUUCCAGGGUGUUUGCUGGCCCAUUUCAGGGCUGGGUUCCUGGAGGAGGGUCCCCAGAAGAGGGCAAUAACAAAGAGCCAGAUGCCGGGGAGCGGGGUGAUCCCGGGGAGGGCUGCCACCUGCUGGGCAGUCUGGGGAAUAUGGAGAAAUGGGAAUGAGGAUGGAUGGAGCAGAGCAAAGGGAGAGACAAUGACUUAAGAGAGAAACAAAGACAAGAAAGGAAGGACCAUAAAAGAAGUAGAGAAGGGAGAGGCAGAGAGACCGGGAAUGGAAAGAAAACUAAGGAGAGAUCGAGGGAGGGAAGGCAGACACGUGGGGAGAGGAGACCCCACAAUCCAGGCGUUUCUGGUUGUCCAAGCCAAACGGGAUUGGGUAAGGAUGAGGGGGGGAAAGGUCCUGGAUAACAAUAGCUUGGAGUGAUCCCCAAAGGAGGAGAGAUUUGGGGAAGUCACAUGCCAGGCUGGUAGCUCUAGGCAUGAUCUCAUGGGCACCGAGGGGGGUACACCACAUAUAAUACUCAUACAAUUAACAUACAUUUAUCUUUAGUAUCAGGAACCAUAUCUGAGUCUAGGAGGGGAAGGGAGUAAGAGUGGAUUUCUGAGUCACACUCCGGAUCCAAGUGAUGAAGGCAGAGAUAAGUGUGUAGACAUCUGGAGUCUUGGGGUCUCCACACCAGGUGCCGGAGAAGGAGACAAUGCCCAGGGCUUGUGUUCCACAGAUCAGGGGCCCUCCAGAGUCCGCCUGGCAGGGGAAAGGGAUCUGCUGGUUAGAGUGCUGAUCCUGAGGGGUCCCACCUUGGUACCCCAUCUUGCCCAGGGCUGUGAGAGAACAAUACUAAACACUAGCCUCAGUUCUGUCCCGUAUCAAUGUCCUUCCCUCUCUUUGGGGCUCAGUAUUCCUCCUUGAUAAAAUAAGUACGUUGGAUUCAGUGAUCUCCAAGUUCUAUAGCUCUCUGAUGCUCUGAUCUGUAAAAUGGGAAUAAUAACUGCCCUGCGCCCUCAUCACAGUAUCAGAGACGAAGAAUUGGGAGCAACCUUAAGAGAGACUCUAGUCUAGGGAUUCUGAAACUGGGGCCCAAGGAUCUAGCCCAGUCCAUCUCCCACGGUCGGUGCUGUGGAUAGAUUUCAAAGGAACCUAUGAACUUACAUGGGGGGAAAAUGGCUUUGUUUUCACUAACCUUUAACUAAAAUUGAUCGUUUUAACUAAAA